AUGGCAGCCUCCUUCGAUGUAGCGGCCAUCAGAGCCCAGUUCCCGGCCCUCGCCCAGAAGCAGGUGUUCAUGGACAAUGCUGGUGGUGCCCAGGUGCUCCAGUCGGUCAUCACAUCGAUUGCGGAAUACCUGUCCCGAAAUAACGUGCAGCUGGGCGCAUCAUACCCGGUGUCACAAGUAUCCACGACAAAGUUCGAAGAGGGCCACGCUGCGGGCGCAAAGUAUAUCAAUGCAUCCCCCAAGGAGGUUGUGUUUGGUCCGUCGACGACGCAGCUGUUCCGCAACCUCUCGAUCGCCCUGAAGGUCGAACCAGGCGCCGAGUUUGUCCUAUCCAGCCUGGACCACGAAGCCAACCUGGCCCCCUGGGUGCAAUUGGCUGAGUGGAAAGGGGUGACCGUCAAAUGGUGGAUUCCGACAAAGAAUACAGAUUCCAACCCCAAGCUGGAGCCUGAGGAUUUGAAGAAGCUACUCACCGACAAGACACGGCUGGUCUGCUGCACACACACCUCGAAUAUCUUGGGCACUGUGACAGACGUUGCCGCACUGUCAAAGGUCAUCCAUGAGACCAACCCCAACACCUUGUUCUGUGUUGAUGCUGUGGCGUAUGCCCCGCAUGCCCCAGUCGAUGUCAAGGCAUUCGGUGUUGACUUCUACUCCUUCUCCUGGUACAAAGUGUACGGACCGCACGUCUCAAUGCUUUAUGUCAGUGAGAAGGCGCAACAACAGAUCAAGAGUCUAGGGCACUACUUCAAAGCUGGGAACACGUUGGAGGAAAUGCUGGGUCUGGCUGCAGGCAAUUACGAAUGUACCCAAUCUAUUCCCCUCAUCACUAAGUAUAUCGACACAGUGGGCUGGGGCGCAAUCACAGCACAGGAAGAAAAAAUCCAGGAGAUAUUGCUGUCAUACCUGCGGUCGAAGCCGGACCAGAUCAAGAUCUACGGGGAGCCCUCCUCGGACAGGAACCUCCGGGUGCCAGUCAUCAGUUUCAGGGUCAAGGGCCAGAGCUCAUUGGGUAUUAUCGAUGCCAUUGAAGCAAGGUCGAACUUUGGCUGCCGCAAUGGGCACUUUUAUAGCAAGCGGCUGUGCGACAACGUACUCCGCAUCCCCGACAGCGAUGAUGGCGUGGUCAGAUGCUCGCUGCUGCACUACAACACUGUCGAGGAAGUCGAGGGUCUUGUCAAGGUCCUGGAUGAAGUUAUCAAGGAUGGGGCAGCGAAGCAAGUCGAGGACCCUGAAAGGAAGAAUGUUGCAAAUUGGUAA